AUGGGAGAAGGAGAUUCUGCAAUCAUGGGUGUGAACGCGAUGCCCUUCGGUCCGCCGAUAGGUGUUGUCGUCUUCAUCACCGUACCGGAAGAUGUAAUGCUUGGGGAAAUAAACAACUUCACGCUAGACGGUCCGGAGUUCGGUAUUAAUUUGGGGCGCCCCGACGAUUCCGCAGAAUCGUGGGUGUUUUCCAUACCGUCCAUACGUGCUCGCUCUUAUGGUAUGGGGAAUCUGUUUAGGAUACGGCGGAAACACCGAUCGGUUAUGCCUGUUGAGUACGAGAACAGUUUACCCGUCAGUGGUAUCGAUGCUCUUUAA